AAGAGUGAGAUUUAUAAAACCACUAAAGCAGUUUUGAUAAUCAGGUAUUGUGUUCUUGUGUGUCUGCGCGAUGCCACCUCGUUUUGCCAUUUGAAGGCCGAAAAGAAAUUUAUUUUCGUUACGACAAAUUUACAUUAUUCAACCACAAAUGGAUGCUGUAUUUAAGCCGCGGCGUUGGACCCCAUCAGUUGCGAUUGUGUUUGCGCUUGGUCUAGCCUUAGGAUUUGCAAUUUGCCAGUUAAAAUCGGUUGAUUUUCCUUCGGCAACGAGAAAUUUGAUUCGGAACGAAGUCGCUGAGAAAAGUUUGAUCCAGAUGAGUCGCGACAAGGAACUAAAUUCUUCACUGGCCAAAGAACUGCUGCUCAGGGUGGAAGAAAUGGAGGCCAGAAAAAUGUCGGAGGACGUCCGCGUUCUUUGCUGGGUGAUGACGACCCCUGAAAAUCACGAAGAGAAAGCAGUUCACGUGAAAGCCACUUGGGGACGACAUUGCAACAAGCUCAUUUUCAUCAGCAACGAGGAGGACGAGAGCCUACCUGCCUUGAAACUGCCAGGAGUUUUUAACAGUUCGCUUGGAAGGCAGGGGCUUUGGAGCAAAACUGUCGCUGCUUUUAAGUACGUGUAUCAAAAUUGCAGUGGCGAAUAUGACUGGGUGAUGAAGGCAGAUGAUGACACUUAUGUAAUUGUGGAAAAUUUGCGCAAAAUGCUUUUGCCAUAUUCGCCGGAAGAUCCGAUUUACUUUGGGUCUAGAUUUCGGCGGUUCACGCCUGAUGGCUUCAUGAGUGGAGGAGCAGGGUUUGUUCUUAGCAAAGAGGCGGUAAGAAGGGUUGUUACGGAAGCAUUUGAUGGGAAGCAUAAAGACUGCAAAUUAAGUACUUAUGAGAGUGAAGCUGAUGACGUCUUAAUCGCGCAGUGCCUCUACCCCGUGGGUGUUAAAAUAGGAGAAUCCCGAGAUGCCCUCGGGAGAAAUCGGUUUUUCCCAUUUGACUCUGAAUGGCACACGCACCCUCACAAUAAAGAUUCAAAGGACUGGUGGUACUGGGACUAUAUUUGGUGGCCAUCCGAUGAGACUGUUGACAAUUGCUCGGAUGAAGUCAUCUCUUUCCAUUACAUGGAUAAAUUCAAAAUGUACAUGAUGGAGUAUCUCGUUUACCAUGUCAGACCUUUCGGUGUGCGUCACUUGCAAAAAUAUGACCUCGAAGCAGCCAAACGAAUAACUGAAAAGGAAAACGCUAUUAAAUCAUGAAAAGUUUAAAAAUUCAGCUUAUGUAAUUUUCAUUUUAAAUACAUAAGUAAAUAAUUUACUUUUUUAUAAGAACUUUCAAAGAAAGAUAAAUUAUUUUUCUUAUAAAAUGAGCAUUAAUUAUGUUUUAGUGAUUUUAAUGACAAAAAAGAGACUUGAAUAUUUAAUUUAAGAACCUUAAAAAUGCAUUCGUAAAUCAUUUCUCAUAAUGACUUAACUUUUUAACAAUUAAUAGCUUAAAAAAAAUACAGUUAUCAAUGAGGCCUGUGAAACGUGCGACUAUUUAAAAAGCCGAGGCACAAGGUUGGUUUUGGUCAGCAUUACAUUAGGCAGCCAGCGUAUUACUCGUGCCUUGCAGGUUGUCUAUCAAGAAGUUUUUCUGAACUCUCGGUUUGAUUAUGAGAUUCGGUUUCACAUCAUUAGUCUCUUAAAUCUUAUAAAUAAAAAUAAAUUUUAUAAUUA